AUGUUUAAACCAUUAACGCUUUUGUCAAGAAUUAUCAAAUACAAGUACCGAAGCCCAUACCCUAUACAAUCAAUUUCCCCUCCACAUAGACGAUCGGUAGUUUUGAUUAUAUUAUUCAUUGGCCAAAGAGGUGAAUUGAGAGUAUUAUUAACUAAGAGAUCUAGAGGUUUAAGGAGUUUUUCUGGACAUGUGUCCUUUCCUGGUGGGAAAGCUGAUGACACCGACCAAAGUUUUAUAGAUACAGGGAGACGUGAGGUAGAAGAAGAAAUAGGAAUACCGCAAGAUGACGAGCUCCUCAAUAAAGAAUAUUUAUUGAGUUUAGAACAAUUAAAUGUAAACUUGCCAUGUUAUUUAUCAACUACCUUUUUAAGUGUAAAACCACUGGUAUUUUUUUUAUACAAUAGCAAUUUAAGAGAUGAAAAUUUAUUGAAAUAUUCAACCCCUAUAGAUGGUUCAAAAUUCAAGGCUAAAUUAAAUCCUGGGGAAACUUCAUCCAUUUUUUCUAUUCCGUUAUCUGAUUUGACAUAUUUUAUGUUCUAUGACUCCUAUGAUCAUUUGACUAAUAAGUAUAAACCUGAAUAUACUAAACGAACGAAAAUUACAAAAGCUUGGGGUGGCCUUAGAUGGAACGUCUCCCACUAUUAUUAUCCUACAUUAAAUGCACAGGAUGAAAGUUGGCUGAAUAAUGUCUUAGAUAUGAGUUCUGAUGAGGAAAAAUUGGGUAAUUCAGAUGAUAAUUUGACUUACAAAGAUGUCUGGGGGCUAACUGCAAAAAUUUUAUACGAUCUGUCUAGAAUAGCUCAUGGUUACAUUUCAAAUAACACAGAUGAUAAACAGAAUCCCUCUUUAAAUAUUAAAAUUGGAGAUGAAGAUUUAAUUUAUGCAUUACACGAGUUUGGUAAACAAAUGCAAUCAAAAAGUAGGACUGAUUGGGAACUUGCUAUGUUGAAAGGCUCAAAAACAACUAAUUAUUCGGAUGUUUUACCUAAAUUUUGUUUAGAAAAACUAGAAGCACCGUCAGACUAUGAAAGUGGUGAUCAGCACUAA